AUGCUAUACCAAAACACAGGAAGCAUGGCUAUUGAAGCUCUUAGCAAAAGCUGCCUCCCUUCUUCAAUCCACUGCGGACGACGACCCUCUGUCCCACUCUUGAAACACCCUCGACCCUCCUCCUCCUCCUUUGCUGCCGUCGCAACCACUGAAGGAAAUAUGCGCAUAAGCUGCAUGAAUUCGAAUACUAAAGAACAGUUACUAAUCGAUAGGCGUUCGGCAAAUUACAUGCCAAGUGUUUGGGAUUACAACUUUGUGAAGUCACUCAGUGCUGAUUACGCGGAGGAGAGAUAUAUGGAGCGGGUCCAGAGGAUGAAGGAAGAGGUGAAGUGCACAUUGGAGAAAGAGAAUAAUUUGUUGGCGAAGCUUGAGUUCAUUGAUGCGAUUCAAAGACUUGGUUUGCAAUACCAUUUCGACAACGAGAUCAAGAAGGCACUCCAAGUCAUCCAAAAUGAUUCAUAUGAUGCUCGGUUUUCUAAUGAUCUCCACUCAACUGCCCUUCGAUUUAGACUUCUCAGACAACAUGGCUAUGAUGUAUCUCAAGAUGUGUUUGAAAGCUUCAUGGACAAGAUGGGCGGUUUUAAGGUAUCGCUGGUUGAGGAUGUGAAGGGGCUGUUGAGUCUGUACGAGGCUUCUUUUCAUGGGCUGGAAGGCGAAAGUUUGGUGGAAGAAGCAAAGGCUUUCACUUGCAAGCAUUUGAAUCUUCUUAAUCUCGGAGGAGGAAUCAUCUCCUCUUGCAUGGGCAAAAAAAUAAGCCAUGCCUUGGAAUUGCCUAUCCAUUGGAGACCUAAUAGAUUGGAAGCUAGAUGGUUCAUGGACAUCUACGAGGAAGAUCCGAACAUGAACCGGACUUUGCUUGAGAUGGCGAGGUUGGAUUUCAAUGUAUUGCAGUCAACCUACCAGAAGGAAGUGAGCGAACUAGCAAGGUGGUGGCUUGAGCUUGGCGUCAACAAAAUGGGCUUUUCCAGAGAUAGACUGGUGGAACAUUUUUUAUGGUCCUGCUUUAUGGUUCCCGAGCCAGAAUAUGGAUUUUGCAGGGUCAUGUUAACCAAGAUUACUUGCAUGAUAACGCUCAUAGACGAUGUUUAUGACGUGUUUGGCACUUUGGAAGAACUUGAACUCCUGACAGACUUCGUUGAAAGAUGGGAUAUUGCCGACAUUGAAAAACUUCCUCAGACAAUAAGGAUUUCUUUCCUAGCUCUGUUCAACACUACCAACGAAGUCGGAUUUGAGAUACUGAAAGAGCAAGGCUUUAACGUCACACCUUACAUUCGGAAAUUGUGGGUGAAUGAAUGUAGGGCAUACAUAAAAGAGGCCAAGUGGUACCACAACGUCUACACCCCAAUAUUGGAGGAAUAUCUCCCCACUUCGGUAACAUCUUCUGGAGGGCCCUUGAUGUUGUUCUGUAUUUUCCUCAUGACCACACACAAGUUAACACAUGAGGCACUGGACUACGUAUCUAAAACCCCACGUAUCAUGUACAUUUCUGGCUUGAUUCUUCGACUCAAUGAUGAUCUUGGUACAUCGCCGGAUGAAUUGCUCAGAGGAGAUAAUCCGAAGGCAAUCGAGUGCUACAUGAAUGAAAGCGGAGCUUCACGAGAAACUGCGGUGGAACACGUCAAGGACGUGAUUUGGGAAACUUGGAAGAUCAUGAACGAACAGGCGUUUGUCGAUCGUCCAUUCCCAGGGAUGGAAGCCUUUAUCGGGGGGUGUUUGAAUCUUGCUCGUGUGUCUCACAGCUUUUACAAGUACGGAGAUGGCCAUGGGGUUCCGGACCGCGCAACCAAGGGCAACAUCAUGUCUGUUUUGAUACAACCCGCCCCAAUGAAUUAAUGGCAGAACUUCAAUUGGCAUCCACUUUUUGAUGCCGGAGCAUUCCUUGAAGGCCAUUAAUUUAGC